GCAGGAAGUUCUACGGUGAGCAAAUUUGAUUUGUUGUGAGCAUGGCAGAGCUCUUUCACAUCCCCUCACGCCUCCAGUCUGGCUCACUUUCUUGAGGUAACUGAAGUGUUUCUACAUGAGCCUCCACAAGCUGAAUUAAGAAGCUGCUGAAACUGCACCAGAAAAACAGUUUCAUCCUGACGGAUCAGCUUUCUUUUCCACGAUGACUAUGAAGUGAAGCUACAUUCCAGGCCAUGUACGCAGGUAGCUUUGCAAUGCGCUCCCUCUUUCUGAUGCUGACGCUGGAGAAUACAUGGGCACAUGGUAAGAUAUGGCCGUAUCUAUCUGAAUGCCAGUGAAAUGUGUGUGAAACCUUUAUUUCUAAAUGUUUUCAGGUGGCUAGACACAACUGUUAAGUUCAGGCUAUUGGGCUAAAUAGUACAAUAAUGGGCCUUAUUCUCAGCCUUAGAAUAUUUCACACCAGGGUUCAGCUCCAACAGAGAAGCCACUAUUAAUCUAUAUUCGAACACUAUAUAUCUAUAUUGGGGCUGAAAUUUCUCUUCUUCACUGAAUAAUUACAGCCACCCUUCAUAUGUGAAUUGGUGUCUUCCAUAUGAUAAUGGGUGCAGUAUCAGAGAAGAGCAAGCAGAGUGUUAGCAGGAUGGAGACAUUAUAUAAUGAAAACAGGCUGAAAUGACUAAUCCUGUUCAUUCCAGUUUGAAAAACAGGAGAAUGAGUGGCAAUAUGACAAUACAGUGCAAAGGGCAAAUUAAUAUGGCUGAUUGUUGAGGAGAUUGGAGGCCUAACAAUGCUGGAAGGUUGCAGGUACCCACACUAUAAAACUACUCAAGAAUAAGUUUAGGUUAGAGAGAAAGCUUCUAACUACUAAUCAGAGCAUAAUAUUCUGAAAUCCUCUCUCUGCAGUUGUCUGAUAAAGUGGCUGAUAAAUGCAUCAAUAUUUUAUUGCUUUUAAUUGGUCUGGAACUCAAGGUAAAGAAGCAAAAUAGCUAAUGUUUUACAGGAAAUGCUUUGACUGUGGCAGCCAUUGUACCAUGCAGAGGAGAGACAAAUGUUUGGAAACAUCUCGUAGAUACCUUCACCUUACCUCCAUAUGUUUUUAUGACCACUGUGAGCAGACAAAUGGGAGCUUGUCUUUCCUGGAACAUUACUUAUUUAUUUUAAACAUUUUAUAGAGCACUUUAUCUUCAAUGAAUAAUUAAAUGUUAGAACACGUGAAAUGGCUCUCUAUCACCAAAGGCUUUCUGUGGUGUAGGUGGGUAUAGUGUUGGACUAGGAUCAGGGAGACCCGGGUUCAAAUCCCCCCCCCACUGGUGUCGCCCGCUGGGUGUCAGUGAUCAUGGGUGAGCCAGUCACUAUCUCUCAGCCUAACCCUACAUGAAAGUGUUAUUGCGAAGGAAAAAUGGAGACAGGGAAAAUCAUGCAUGCUGCCUUGAGCAAGUUGGAGGAAAGGUAGGACACAAAUACAGCAAAUAUAUAAAGUAAUGCCAGGUUGAUUAACACUUUCAUUUGUAUUCAGCAGUGCAUAUUCAAGUAUGAAACUACACUUUAAACUAGCAAAUGUGUGUUUCUCAAAGUACCAAAGAGAAGUGUGCCCUAGUUCUUCAGUUACCAAGAUUUAAAAGAAAUAUUUUUGCAUCAUUCUCUCUCUCUCUCUCUCUCUCUCUCUCUCUCUCUGUGUGUGUGUGUGUGUGCACAUGCCUGUGUGCCUUUCAAAUUUGCAAGUGGUCUCAUGCCAUAUAAUCUACAUCUGAAGGAUUUGGACUACUGGGUGUUGAAGAGUCUCUGAAUUUUAGGAAACCAGUGGCACUCACCUUCUGGCAGCAAUCAACCUUGCUAUGAAUUUUGUGUUUUGGAGGCUAAGUCUGUUGAUGGCUACCAGCCAUGAUGGCUAUGCUCUGCCUUCAAGGUCAGAGACAGCAAUUCCACCAUUUGCUGAAAACCAUAGGAGUGCUUGGGUCUUGAUUGUAGAUUCUUCUAUUCAGAUAUGGGGAGGGGAACAAGACUUACUUGAGGAUAUUGUUGUGGCUUUUAAAAUGCCUGAACUUCGUAAAUCAGAUCAAGUUAUUGAACCGCACCGUGUCAUUCUAUUUAUGCCUACUUGACCCAGGCAGCCAAACAGCACUCUCUUCUACCACUUUUUGUGGCAAACUGGCUGCAGCCUGCUACUUCGUCUUCCCUCCUAAAACCACAGAUUUACAUAAGCCCCACACAAGUCCUUGUUCUCAAAUUUCAGCCACACACCUAGUUCCAUUUCCACCUUCUGUAGCUGAAGUUGCCUUGUGGUCACUUGUCAGAAGGGGGUAGGUGAAUCAGUUUCCUCAUUUUUCCAAUCUGAAAUUUAGCUCACUGCAUUAGUUCAUGAUAUGGGGGGUUUUUUUAAGUCCCCAUAUAAAUCCAUCAGCAUUUUAGUGCAAAUUUCUCAUAAUAUGCCCACUUUUGCCUGUGCCUAAUGUACACAUUUUUGCAAAGUAAAUUUCCCCGAAUAGAACACGUUUCCGAGUGUUAUUUUCACUGAUGUAUACAUUCUUAUGCAUACUUUGCUCUGUAUAUGCAAUUUUGCUCACAUUAUUUGACUGGAGAACUGUGCUGCAAAAUUCGGAGAAAGCUGAAUUUAGGAUGUUGGCUGUGUUUCAGUUUGCACGCUGUGCAAAUUAGGUAGGUUCACCUUUAAAUGCAAACAGAAUCAAAUCCCCUCCCCAUGCCUACUGCCCCAUUGACCACAGUAGGCAUUGAAGAAGGGCUACCGUUUCCACAGGGCGGGCGUCACUACCAAGAAGGCCCUCUGCCUGGUUCCCUGUAACGUCACUUCUCGCAAUCAGGGAACCACCAGAAGGCCCUCGGAGCUGGACCUCAGUGUCUGGGCAGCAUAAUGGGGCUUAGCAAGAAGUAACUGUUUGACCAUCCAGACUUCUGAUAACAGACUUCUGAUGCCAAGGUCCAGGUUAUCUGAAAUACCACAUUCCCUCAUACAAACCUGUCCAGGCUCCGAACUCUUUGUGGGAGGUCUUUCUCUUGGUCCCACCACCCACUUGGACAGGGCCUUCAUGGUGUCUGCUCCCAGACUUUGGAACUCACUCCUUAAAGAAGUUAGAUUGGCUGUGUCAUAGCUGUCCUUCUGCUGGCAGGUGAAGACUUGUUCCAACAGGCCUUUGGGAACUGACUGUGUUUUUAGGAAAGGGGUGUUGUUGGGAUGUGUAGUUACUGUUUAUGUUUUUAACGGAUCUUUUUAUAGCAUUUUGAUUCUGUUAGUGUUUAAUUAAAUUUUAAAUAAUUAUCUUUUCUUUGUUUUUAAGCUUGUUCUGUUUUAUCUUUCUAAGCCGCCAUGAGUUCCAGUCUGGGGAAAAGGGAUAGAAAUAAAUAUACUAAUAACAGUAAUAAUAAUUUAUAAAUAUCUUGGCUGUGAUUAAACCAAUAACAGAUGACUGAUGUCAAUAUUUUAUAUCACAUUAGCUUGCCAAUCAGCUCUUCUCAUCUAAAGCAUUGCCUGUAGAAAGGUAUUGCAUGGAUGGGAAAACCAACAAGACGCCAAUGAAAUGAUUAUUGCUAACAAUGCAAAAAUAUCUGAGGUGUGUCAGGCAUAAUUUCCACCCCACUUUUUUCUUCCAGGGAAUGACAACUGCACUAUUUCUGUCCGAAGGGGAACCAACUACACGAUAAAUGCUGGCGUUUCAUUCAGUAUAAAGUGCCCAGUGAUGGAUUGCCAAAAGAAUCUUACGAUAAAUUGGUACAGGAACAGUGAAAUUCUGCCUCAAGGACAAAGACACAAUAUUUUUUGGAAAGGCCAUGAUUUUGUUUUGCAAUUUUUGCCUAUUUCUAAGAAUGACAGUGGACGCUAUCAGUGUCAAGCUACUAUGGGGGAAAGCAUACUCCCAGGUCAUGAAAUACAAGUCAUUGUACAAGGUAAGCAUCAUAAGCAAUUCCGAGAACGAGGGCCUUUUUCCAAUUCACUGUUUGCAGCAACAGGCCUAUGGGCAAUUCAGUCAGCCUCCUGGUCAGUUGCCUGGUGCUUAUAGCCCUGCGGUCAUUUAUUUAUGUUCUUGCUCUGCUCAAGAAACGCACAUCAACACAAUCAAGGUUUCAACUGUACAUUGAUUUUAUUUCCUCUUCUCUAAGCAGCUCUGGCAUGCUGCAGGCUAACCCUUUCCUCUUAUCUGUGUGCAACGCUCUUUAGUACAGUAUAGAAAGCCAACUGUCAAAAGGCCCAUUAAAGUCCCAGCCAUGUUGCACGUUCUGCCUCUCUUACAAUGCUGGAUCUACAAAUUUUGCAACAGGCAACAAUGGUCUGCACUGCUGCCCCGCUUCUCCAUCUCAGCAUGUUUAGCCCAGUGGCAGCAGUUGAGAAGGAUGAAGAGAGUGAUUUGAAAUUGGAGAUUGAAAGGAUCAGCAGCAGGUGAGCUCUCCAAGGCAUAAGGGAGGCUUGGAAAUCCAGCUGAGCUUCAAAGGUUUUUUUUUUGGGGGGGGUACUUGAAAAUGGAUCCUUUCAACAUGGAGCAGGUUUCCUGAGCCUCCGUGAAUCCAUCUUUUCAAGCUCUGAUUGUGGAGCCUGAAUGGAGUGGCAUGGGAGACUUAGAAAGGCCACCCCACACUGAUACUUUGAAUUUCUCUUCCCCUUUGGAGCAAGGCAAAGUUGUAUAGGGGCACAUACACGGAGACAUGCUCACGAGAAAGCCUGUAAUUUGCCACCACUCCAAAACUGCCACAAGGGCAUGUGCCCCCUUCUGCGCAAACACCCAUAAUCCAGCACUGCUGUCUUGAUCAUAGAAUCAUAGAACUGUAGAGCUGGAAUGGACGACAAGCUGAACUCUUUGGAUGACACUGUGAGCCCGGGGAGGCAGCAUAAUCUGUACUGAAGUGUGUGACUGCUAUUAGAAAAGGGACUUGUUUCCAACUGAGUUAUACACGGAGUAAACCCACUGAAAUGAAUAGACCUAAGUUUGUCAUGUGCAUUAAACUGUUUCUAAUGAUGUGUUUUAAAUUGUUGCAACCUGCCCCGGGACUUAGUUAUCAUCACCUCAAGGACCGCCUCUCCCCAUAUGAAGCGAUUCAGACCCUGUGAUCAUCAUCUGAGGCCCUUCUUCAUGUACCUCCUAUGUGAGAGGUCCAGAGGGUGGCAAGACAAGAACGUGCCUUUUCUGUGGUGGCUCCUCGUUUGUGGAAUGCUCUCCCCAAGAAGGCUCACCUGGCGCCUUCAUUACAUAUCUUUAGGGGCCAGGCAAAAACGUUUCUCUAUAAAGCAAGCCUUUGGCUGACUAACAUUCUAUGUCCUUUAAAACGUGUUUGGGAGAGGGGAGGGUUAUUGCUUUGCUUUUGUUUUAGUAUGUAUUUUGUGUUUUUCUUUUUAUGUUGUGAACCACCCUGUGAUCUUCAGAUGAUGGGAAGUAUACAAAUUUAAUAAAUAAUAGUAGUAUACAUAAAUGCUUUGCUUGCAUUAUGUCUUGAAGGCUAUGCAUGGAGAAAGGUAUAUCUAGUGCUUUUUUCUUAAAAAAUGUUUAGGGGUAGAUUCACAAAAUGUUUAGGGGUAUGCGUCCCCCCCCCAGAAAAAAAGCACUGGGUAUAUCUCCCAGAAUUCUUUUUUAGGGGAAGUCCUGUUUGUUUAAAGUGGUAUCAUAGUGAUUUAAAUAUAUGGUGUGAACGUUGGCUAAGAGUUGUUCAUUUGUUCCUUGCUUUGCGGUAUUUCAGUUUUCCAAAUCUUGAUGGGGUUCAUUGCAGAAAACAGUUAAACCCAAGUGUUGCAGUUACAAAAUGUUCAUCACACAUCAAAGACAUCACGGCUCCCUUAUUUGCAAACAAUGUGUAGAGCGGUAGCCUUAUCAGUCAUCUGACAAAAAAUAGGCUGUCUAGUAGUGCAAAGAAAUGAAACCUGUACAGAGUGCCAAACAGCCCAUGUUGUAACAUCUAAAUGACUCAAAUUGGUAUUUGGACUUUCUGUGUAUGUAAAUUCAACAAGAGGGUCACACUGCCCAGAACUUCCAUUGAACUUAAGAAAUGGCCUGUAUAAAAUGGAAAUGCUGAAACCCUUACAAAAUAAAAAUCCCACAGGAGGCUGAAAUACAAAACAAGCACACCUAAGGCUGUGCAACUCUUACUUUAGCACAUGAGUAGGCAAACUAAGGCCUGGGGGGCCAGAUCCAUCCCAAUCUCCUUCUAAAUCUGGUCCAGGAAUCAGUGUGUUUUUACAUGAGUAGAACGUGUCCUUUUAUUUAAAAUGCAUCUCUGGGUUAUUUGUGGGGCAUAGGAAUUCGGGUUUUGUCCCCUUCAAAAUAUAGUCCGGCCCCCGCACAAGGUCUGAGGGACAGUGGACCGGCUUCCUGCUGAAAAAGUUUGCUGACCCCUGCUAUAGCUGAUCUCAGAUUGACCUACCUUAGUUUCAGUUCUCUAAGGGUUGAGCUAAAUGUGACUUUUGACGCACAUAGUUGGGAUACUGUACUUCUCUCUUUAAAAAAACACACACAAACCUAAACAUAGUCAUAAGCCCCAUCCCAACAACAUCUGCAUCAAAACUGAAGAAAGGGGAAGUUUAUCCAACUUCUCCCCCGUGAUGUUUUCCUACUGAAAAUUAUCUCUCUUACAAACUGUUAAUUCACCCCAGUGUUGCUAUGUGAUGCAAAGAGCAAUUUCAUGGAGGCAAUGGAAGGAUGGCACAGGUAAUGCCAUUGUGUGGCACAUGAGGAGACGUCAAUACUCUCCUACCCUGCCACUUUUCCAGCCAGAAUUAACACCUGCUCCCUCACCCCACCCUCAUGACUGCUAUUAGUUUGUUUUGUGAAAGAAAGAAAAAAAAGAAUCUCAAGCAAAGGAUUCACAGAUAAGUUUAAUAUCAGGUUUACCUUGAGGCUGAGUUUCAAGUCUCUACUUGUACUCUAUAAAACUGCUUCCCUCCAUGCACCCAAUCAUAGAACACUUGGACGGUUGUGGGGGGGUGUCAAAUGAUCCUCCUCCCAAGUAUUGAAAGUGAAUGGGGGCUGAGUGGGCUAGCCCACCCCCUGCUGCUGUUGUGCCCAGUGGAAAUGAGCCAGUGUGGUAUAGUGGUUAAGAGCAGUGGACUCGUAAUCUGGUGAACCGGGUUCGCGUCUCCGCUCCUCCACAUGCAGCUGCUGGGUGACCUUGGGCUAGUCACACUUCUCUGAAGUCUCUCAGCCUCACUCACCUCACAGAGUGUUUGUUUUGGGGGAGGAAGGGAAAGGAGAUUGUUAGCCAAUAAAGCAGGAUAUCAAAUCUGAACUCUUCUUCUUCUUCCUGUCAUCCAUCCUUUUGAAGUGUGUCUCUGAGUAAGAGAAAACCCUGACUAGGUCAUGGCUACCCUCCUCAUGGACAUGCUCCAAACACAGAGAUGGUGUGUCGGUGGCUGCCCAGCAUGCAGUUCCAUGACACACCCAUCCUUUCAACUGGGGCUCAGGGCACUAGGGCUCUAAUAGCAGGUUGAAGGAGCUAUUUUGGUAAUGAAAACAGUAGGGGGGGAAGCAAGGAUCCUCCUCCUUGCUGAGUUCAACAAUAGCAACACUGAGACUGAGGAGGAAGAUGACAGGUUGUGCCACCCUGGAGUGACUGUUAGUAAGAAGGCAGGCAGGCAUGAACUGGAGGAGAGCAAACUCAGAUUAUUGGGGCAGUGCCUCAUUUGCCCUUAUUUGCCUCAUUUCAGCAUCUUCUGCCCUCCUCUACAAAUACACUGGGAAUUCUGGAUCCUCCUGCCUACCCUGUAGUUUGACCCUCAUUAUAGCCUCUCUGGCUUUCUAGGUUGCAUUAAGAACAUUUAGAGAUCAUAAUGUAUUGUCAGUGACCCUUGUGAAACCAUUCUGGAUCAAGCAGAUUACUUCUGUUAGGAAGCAUGCUAUUUUUAUUUUUAUUGACUCUUGAAUGCUCUUUCUCUUUCUGAGAAUGCUUACUUUUAAACAGUGUUUAACUUCUCUUACCAUAUUGGUUAUUUCACCAGCGGCGUAGCGUGGGUUGUCAGCACCCGGGGCAAGGCAAGUAAUUUGCGCCCCCUAACCCGGGGCAAGGCAAGUAAUUUGCGCCCCCUAACCCGGGGCAAGGCAAGUAAUUUGCGCCCCCAACCCCUAACCUGCCGCCGCUGCCAGCUUCUUCUUGCUGCUGCCUGGGCUGGUCUGGUGUGGUUCUCUCCCGCGCUCAGCGCUGCGCUGGGCGGCCGCUGCACUGUCCCUCCCCCCGAUAGUCCCUCGCUCUCUCUCCGCACUGCACACCUGGCACCCACCCCCUCCACAGUGGGCGGCGACCCAGUGGCUCGGAUCGGAUUCGCACAGCCAGCACUGCAGUGAGAGAGAGUGAGUGAGCCAGGUAGGGGCAGAGAGCUGCGAGUGCGAGCGCGCCCCCCCCAGAUGUUGUGCCCGGUGCGGCCGGGCCCCCCUACACCCCCCACGCUACGCCACUGUAUUUCACCCCUGUUAAGCUAACUGAUGGUGAAUUCUGCUUUGGUAGGAGGUUGACGGGAGAUUUUAACUGCUCAGCUCUUUGUAUUUGCUUAAUGAUUAAUAAUUGCAUUGCUAUAUUGAAAUAUAACAUUAUGUUGCUUUGGCAUUAGGACAAUAGCAAAUGUAAAUAGUAAUUAUAGCAACAACAACAACAACAAUAAUAAUAAUAAUAAUAAUAAUAAUAACAGAUCACAAUAAAAUAACAGAAUCUGAAAAUGCUACUGCAGAAGAUAAUGAAGCAGCUGGAAAGGACAUGAAGCUGAUUAUUUAUUUCCUGUCAUUCCUGGGACCGCUGUGCCUCUUCAUUUUGAGCUGCUUGGGCCUGCUGUGCUGCAUAAGGAAGCAUCAAGGUGAAUUCUCUCAAGAUCUCUCUAGUUUUCCCCUCUUUUCCCUGGGCAGAGAUAUUCAGCUGUCUCACUUCUGCUACUCAAAUAUCUUUUCAUUUCUCAUAUUACCAGGGCUGAACACAGGCAGAGUGAGGCAGCUGAGUUUGAGUGUUACAGAACUGCAGCAAAUGGCUACUUCUAAAUUUAUUAUGAUUAUAUUUUAUUCUUGGGGCGAGGUGUUUGUGAGGGGUUUCUCCCUUAUGGGUCAAAAUAAGUUGACCAAUCUUGGGAACCACUAUGUCCCUUGACCUGGGGGGGGGGGGAGUGGCACCACCCCCAUUUCUGUUCUACCUCAGGAUUAAAAAAAAGUGUUUUGGGACCGCUUCCAUGACUAUCUUCCAAAACUCGUAGUCUUGGAUAAAAGCUACUUGCUUUAAAUAUUUAUUGCCUGACUUUCAUUAUAACAGCAUAGCAGUUUUGGCCUAUCCAUAAAAUUUGGUAAGGAUUUCCUUGAUCCCCUUUUUAUGAGACAGGGCAUUUUCACAAGCUGCGUUCUUGUUUUUGUACAAUGAAUGUGAUGAACUAUCCAAAUGUUGUUCCAUCAAUAGCUGGUGUUUUUCUUUUCCUUUCUAGUGAACAGCAAUAAGGGCCCAUCAAUCUCGCAAAGUGAAAUGAAUGUGGUAGGUUUCUUCACUGAUGAGCCUGGUAUUGAAUUUCUAAGUACUUGGUAAAUGCCCAUAAGCCCCUUUCAGGCAUUCUGUCCCUGUGUACAGUAAUCACAUGAGCUGAGGCCAUGGAGAAGUGUGUGCUAGCUUCCCCCUACCUCCCUAAUCAUCACCCACCUCCCUCCAUGAGUUGCAGGGUGACUGUGUCAAGCCUCCUAGACCCAUGGAAAAUCUUGGUUCUAAAAUGCACGGAGAGCCCCACAAGUACAGGAGGCUCCCUGAUUCACAUGGACAACACCACGAGGUGAGAAUAAUGACAAGGGGCGAAGCUAGGGUGCUCAUCCCUACAAUCCCCGUGAGUCAAACCAUUGGUCCAUUGAGUUCAGUAUUGACUGCACUGAGUGGCAACAGCUCUCCAGGAUUUGGGGCAGGAUUCUUCCCCAGUCCUACCUGGAGAUGCGAAGGAUUGAAGCUGGAAUCUUCUAUGGGCAAAGCAGAUGUUCUACCAUGGAGCUACAGCUCGAAUGCCUGGAGAGGGCUAACGUGUUAUGUUCCAACCCCUUCAAAAUACAUAUAAAAACCUUCACCUCAUGGACUUUGCCACUUAAAGGAAGCAAUUUUCAUUCAUGAACACAGGAAGAAAGCUCAGCCUUCAACUGAAGUGGUGUUUAGUUGUGUUUUAAAUGCUAGCCAUCAGUGACAUUGCACCUUACUGAACUACAUGGACAAAUUCUGCCUCCCAAGUUGCUAAUAACCUUAACCAGAUAGUGUGAAACAACAGAGGGAAGAAGGGAGGGAGAAAUAUGGGCAAAUGUUCUUAGUUUUGUGCAAAGCUGGGUUUUUUGCUUCAAAUUUCAGCUUUUUCUAGACUUAGAAGAGGUCCAAAUGAGGCAUCAUGUCAUUAUUCAUGACUUUAGCCUUUGCAUGGCUGAUCUUUCUUUUGGGAGCACAGACUCCCAAUUGGAGUUUUCCUGCUAUUGCAUUGGUACAAAGGACUGACACUCGUCUUUCACAUGCAAUCCCAAUCUAGUUCACCCUGAUCACUACCACACUAUUUUUUUUAAAAAAAUCAACCAUUUGAUUUUUUUCACAAGUACUGAAGACAUGAAUAGUGCCAUGUCUCAUUUGUGUCUAACUUCACAUCAAAACAAUACAUAAUCUGAUGAGUGUCAACUGCACUUCUUUUAAUCCAGGUGCCUUGGAUGUUAUCCUGGGUAUUAAAAUUUUAAAAAGGCUUCUCCAACCUGCUGCACAGCUAAUGUUGUUGGACUCCAACUCCCAUCAGCCCCAGCAAACAUGGCCAAUGCUCAGGAAUGAUGGGAGUUGCAGCCCAACAAGGUCUAGAGGGUCAGGGAUGGAGGAAACCUGUGAUUUUAAUGAAGGCUUGAAAAACGACAUCUUCCCUGAGGUUUGAGCUGUCCACGUCUGACAUGGUUGUCAUCUUUGUUCCUAGCUAGAUAUGUGAUUAAGAUACUGCACUCUUUCAUGAAUCUAUUCCACUCUUGUUUCCCCCACAGCUUAAUAGCAAUGCAGAUGCCCAGUGCAGCAAUGCCUCCCAUACGAUACCUGCACUUCAUCAAGCUGCUGAGCCUUAUGUGCUGCAAUUUCCAGAUGAUGGUCCCAUCUACGGCAAUCAAUGCAAUUGCUGGAAUGCCACCAGGGCACCACCCAAGCCUACAUGUGAUGAAUGUGUCUCCAAUACCCAGCAACUCUUACCUCAAAAGAAGGAAGCCCUUAUUUAUGCAACACUGAGCUAUGGGGAACCUGUUCAGAGACAUGAGCAUUCUGCUGAGACAGAGUUUACAGAAUAUGCUGCCAUUGGGCUGAAUCACUAAACGUGGACAACCACUCAUUGUUUAGCAUCAUAUAGCUUCUUCCACUGUGACUCUGCAAGCUUUCUCACCAGCUUCACUCUGAUAAUUGCUUAGUGCAUGGGUAUCGCACCAUCUAUUUCCACUAGGAGCAUGUGUUCAUUCAUUGAUGCUAUGUAUUAUUUUGGGGUUGUUAAAAUGACUCUCAUGCUGAUGUUAUCUAUUCUGUUUUCAUAAGCUGCUCUGCAAGUCCUAGUUUCCAGAAACCUUGAUUUAAUCAAACCACAUUACAGUUGGUUGCAUAAGCAGCCUAGCUGUUUAUUACUAAAUCCCUUCAGCAAAGAGAGACAAAUCCUGCAAGCAAAUCCCCAUCACUACCUAGCUUUCCAUAGAAUUGGAUGGUGAAAGCUUAGGAAUACUACAACAAAAGGAAAGAAAAAAUAUUCUGAGAAACUGUCAACUUUUGUUUGCACUUCCAGUUUACUAAAAGACUGCAGGAGAUAAGGGGCCCAUCCAGACUUGCAUUUCCCCCGCUGCUUUCCGCCACUAAAACCCAAUCUUUACCACUGAAUCGAAGCAAUAAGGUUUUCUCUGGAUUGAUGUUUGUUCUGAAUUAGGGCUAAAGAGCAGUUUUUCCAGGGGAAAGUGGCAGAACAAAGACAAAACUGCUUGAACUCAUGCCAGGAGAAGCUUUCUAGGCAUGGGGCAGGCAGAAGUGUGGACAUGCCCUCUCAGAGCACUUCAAAAUAGUUGCUAUUUUCGGGUGGGAUUCAACCACAUGCCAACAAAUUCAGGUCACGCAGUUAAAAUGAUUUGGAGCUUCUGCAUAACAAACUCCCUUCCCCCAAAGACUGGACUUUUUACAAUAAGGGAAGUGACAGGGAAAUUCAUUGGAAAGUGUCCACAACAUCAUCAAACUUCCUUGCAAAUGAGAAUAAAUGCUCAUUCAAUAGCCAGUGUCGUCUAAUCUCCCUGCCAACAAGUUGGGACGAAUGCCCAAUAAUCUGGUCAUCGGGAAGUGUGCUCAGUGAGUAGAAUGAAUGUAUACAUUUUCUACUGACUGAAAGCCAAAUUAGCAGAACUUUAAUCAUGUAUUUCAUUGAUCUCAUCCUCAACUAGUGAUAUCCCAAGUCAGAAUAUAAAGCAAAAGAAUUUUGAGGCUAAAUGAACCAAUUACUGUUUAGAUUAUAUUAAUUAUCUCCACUAGGAAUGAACUGGAAAAGAACUAGAUGUGUACAAUAAAUUAUGGUUGAUAGAUAAAUGAUUGCUGCUCACUGUCACUGCAGAUGCUGAAAUGGCUGCCAGCAUAGUCCACAAACUGGCUUAAAAGGUGGUGGGGUGAGCAAAUUCAUGGAGGUUAGGGCUAUCAAAUGUUCACAGUGGCUAUAUGUGUUCCUUUCACGCAGGAUAGCACUCAUAUAUCAAGCUUGUAGACAUCUCCAGAGACAUCUUAUUGGCCACUGUGGCAAACUAGGAUUCUAGACUUGGCCUUUGAUCUGAACCAGCAGGAACCUUCUUAUCUUCUCUUUGUUUAUUUAAUAAUGGCAUCUCCUGCCUGUUUGAUCCAAUAUCCAUGUAGGGUGGCCAUAUGAAGGAGAUGGCAGGGCUCCUGCACCUUUAACUGUUUGUGUAGAAAAGGGAAUUGCAGUAGGCUUCACUUUCCAAGAGGAGCCCUCUGUGCUUCUUCAUUCAGCCAGCCAAUGUCCAACACAACCUAUCUCUAUAAAGCCCAAGGAAGCAACCAUCAAUAAUAAGAAAGCUGAAUGAGAUAAAGUCAAGAAGUGGGAUCAUAAAGCCAGCAGCAAAAGUCAAGCAGGGGAAAAUAGAAGGGUGCUUAGCUAGAGCACAAAGGGGGGCAGUAUAGGUGACUCUGGAAGGACAUUGCCCUUGAAAAGGUCCAGUACCCAAUUGCCACCUGCCUAAUCUCUGGCAGAUUACUGAAGCAGAAGGAUGCCAGUACCUGAAACUCUGCUUUGACAUACUGUCAAUAGAGGGAUGAAAAAGGAAAACUCAAGAAAUCAUUUCAGAACACUUUCAGCUAAAAGUGUCCACAGUAUCUCUCAGGAAGUAGAAGAACCCAAAGAUCUAAAGUAUUGGCUUAAUGAACACGUUGCUCCCCUUUUGAUAUGAAAGACACAAUAUGUGAGAAAAACAGGAAGCGCUUUAGCAUCUCGCCACCAAGCACACUGACUGCAGAGGAAAGAGUGCUGUGUACAGAUAAGAGUGGGUUCAUGACGUUGAUGAAAGGAUGUGAAAGUGCAUGCAGCUCAGAUCAGAUAUAAUUUUGGGUGGAAAAAAUGAAAAAUGAUAAGGCAAUGUAUGAUUGUGAUGGUGGCUUCCUCCUGGGGGAAGUGUGUGUGUGUGUGUGUGUGUGUGUGUGUGUGUGUGCCAUUCAUAUUCAGUGACAUCUAAAAGGUCAGCCAUGCCCCACCAGUUAGUCACUGGCUGCCAGCAUUGGAACUUGGAGUCACCUCAAAGGCAUAGGUGCUAAGAGGUGCAUGUGAACCGGACUUCAGGGCAAUGGAUGAGUUGACAGGUAAACAUCAGAUAGAAUGACAAAAUAUCAGUGAGUCCCCUUUAAAAAAAACACAGUGAUGGUUAUCGUGUUUUACGAAUCCAAAAUUGAAGGUCUGGGGUAGAUUAAGACUAAUGACUGACUGAAGUUUUGCAUUUGAUUAAAAAUAUAUAUAUAUAUCCAACUGUACUCAUUUUAUUUUUUUUAAAAAAGCAAUUUAAGUUCUUAAUGAGGCUUGGCAUGAGAAACCAAUUGUAGAUAUUAAGGAAGGAGGGGAGAAAACAUACCAAACACCUCCGCAAUCCACACACCAUGAUGAGAAUCUCCUUGAAGUCCGAGCUCAUACAUCAGAGACUGUACAAUUCUGCAGGUUUUUUUUCCAGCUUCUUCGAUCCAGACCAUGUCUGUUUGUUUUUCAAAUCUAUUUAUUUUCCCAAACAGAUAUUCCCGGCUACAGGAGUGGCAUCUUAGAGUGCCAGCCGAGAACUGUGCUCUUUUUGACCCAGUGUGCUGCUGGCUGCACUUUAAUGCAUGCCGGCAAUCUCGGACAAUCUGCCGGUCUUCGAGACAGUCCUCCCAUACCCUGGGG